AUGCACACCAAUCAAGUUUACAGCGAGCCUGUUACUGAAAAUAAUAAAUCACAUAAAUGGUGGCACCGUCGUUGGGUUAAAAUAACCGGUAUUUCCGUUAUUGUUUUAAUAGUUGUUGCUGUUAUUCUUGCUCUGGUGUUAAUCUUCGUCGUUUUUGCACCGAAGAAAUCAGAAACUAUUAUCACCGUCACAACAUCAUCAUCAUCAGCACCAGUGACGUUGACAACAACUUCACCACAAACAACAGCUAUGACCACAACGCAGCAGUUAGAAUGGUCUGUUACCGGUAAUAUGAAUACUGCACGACUUUUGCACACAGCAUCCAUAUUACCAAAUGGAAAAGUAUUAAUUACUGGUGGUACAUCCAAUGCUUAUAAUUUUUUAAAUAGUGCUGAGCUAUAUGAUCCAUCAACAGGCAUUUGGGCAAGUACUGGUAGCGUGACUAAUGCACGAGAUUCACACACAGCAUCUGUAUUAUCAAAUGGAAAUGUAUUAGUUACUGGCGGAGCUGACGAUAGCGGUGUUUUAAAUAGUGCUGAGCUGUAUGAUUCACCAAGAGGUACUUGGACAACUACUGGCAAUAUGAAUAAUGCACGAGGUGAUCAUACAGCAUCUGCAUUAUCAAAUGGAAAAAUAUUAGUUACUGGUGGAGUAGGCAGUAGUGGUAUUGGUUUAAAUAGUGCUGAGCUGUAUGAUCCAAUAACAAAUACUUGGACUACUACUAGCAACAUGAAUAAUGCACGACAAUAUCACACAGCAUCUGUAUUAUCAAAUGGAAAAGUAUUAGUUACUGGUGGAUUAUUUAUUACUAGUUAUUUAAAUAAUGCUGAAUUAUAUGAUCCAUCAACAGGCACUUGGACAACUACUGGUAAUAUGACUAAUGCACGAGGCGGUCACACAGCAUCUGUAUUAUCAAAUGGAAUAGUAUUAGUUGCUGGUGGAUAUAGCAAUAGUGGUUUUUUAAAUAGUGCUGAAUUGUAUGAUCCAUCAGCAGGUACCUGGACAACAACUACUAACAUGACUAAUGCACGAGGUAUUCACACAGUAUCUGUGUUAUCAAAUGGAAAAGUAUUAGUCACUGGUGGGCGAAAUUAUAAUGCUUUAGAUAGUACUGAGUUGUACGAUCCAUCAACAGGUACUUGGACAACUACUAGUAACAUGACUAAUGCUCGAGAAUAUCAUGCAGCAUCUGUAUUAUCAAAUGGAAAAGUAUUAGUUACUGGUGGAGCUGGGAAGACUGCUAAUUUAAAUAGUGCAGAAUUAUAUUAA